CAACCUCGGCCGCGGUUGCGGUUGGCUCUGCCGACGGCGCUGCCGGCGUCGCUGCCGUCGAGCUGGCGCUGCGUUGUCGUUGUCGUUGUUCAAUGACUAAAAACUCGGGUGUGUGCUGCGCGCAGAGCAUGUGAAAAAUUGACAACGUUUGCGCCAGAUAACAUAUACGUUGCGAAUUUAUUUAUAACAAAUUCACGAAAAUUAACCGAGAGGAGGAAAAAGAAGUCGCACACACACACAUACGCACACACAAGUAGGGAGAGAAUUUGUUAACCAACAGCGACAACAACAACAACAACAACAACAACGAAAAACACAAAUUUUUUCGGUCCGACAACGCCCCGUGCCAAAAAGAAAUGAAAAUUCUACCGUUAUUUGCCUAUGCCCGCCCCUUCGCCAAAAGGAAUACAAGAUAAAUAUAUAUGUAUAUAUAGAUAUAUGUAUCAAAGUAUAUAUGUGCAAAAGUUAACUUUUUUUUACUGUUACGCUGCUGAAAUGCGAAAAAUCAAUAGAAAAUGAGAUAUCGCGUUAUUUGUGCCGUUUGAAAGGAAAGAAAAAGGAAAAAGAAAGGAAAAAUUGCAAUUCAAAUUAAAGCUGAAAGCAGAGUUAAAAAACUUAUUUUCAUGGAUUCUCACGGAUUUUUUCAUCGCGGACUUAAGCAACAUCCCUCGUCCAACGGGUCGAAAUGGACGGCGGUUGGAUGAUAAAAACAAAGUAAACUUCUUUUGUUUUUGCCUCUUUUUUUUCCGGUGUGUGUCUUGUGAUAGAGCGACAGAGAGGGGGCGAGCGAGCGCAAGCGAGAGGGCGAUAGAGGACUGGAAAAAAAGUGUGCAAGAGCUGUUAAUUAAUGGAAAAAUUCGUCUCGUUUGCGUUGUCGUGUUUUUCGGUUCGCUUCGUUUGGAGGAUUAAAAAAAAUAAUAAUAAAAUAAAAAAAUAAAAAAACGAGAUAUUAAAAUUUGCCACACACGCACACACACGCCUAUAUCGUAAUACCGGAGAUUUACUUUUUCGAAUGUGUUAAAUGACCAAAUCAAUUUUGAAUUAUUUUUUUUUUUAUUUUACGCAAAGUGAAGUGAUGCAACUACCUGAAAAAUGAUGAAAAUACAUCCAAACCAGAAAUAUUAAAUAAUAUUUUGUGCUAAAAUCGCGUUAUCUUUUGUCAUUCCAGAGCAGUGUGUGUAAAUAGUUAAAAAAAAGGAGAGAAUCCAUAGAGAAAAUAUAAAUAUCUAUAUAAAUAGAAGGAAAAAGUGCAGCCAAAAAAAAAAAAUGAAAAUGCAAUCACAUUGAGGCAACUGUUGUUGCCCCGUUGCAGCAACAACAGCAACCCGAAGGAGAGCAACUAACAAAGUUAAUAGUUCUAAACUUGAAGAGUAAAAAUAAGUAAUUCAAUAGUAAUACAACAAGAUAAAGAAAUUAACCUAGUGCUAACAUUGAAGCGAUUUUUUUUGUGGGGCAAUUCCGAGAGAAUGUCGCAGUGCAAUAAUGUUGCAACUGUCGGCAGCAGCAACAAAAGCAACAGCAGCAGCAACGCGUUAACGCCUAACAAAAAAUCAAUCAUCAAUUCUGCGGCCAACAACAAGUGUUUAAGCCAAAAGAGUUCGGCAUGAAAUGGAAGCAGCUAUACGCUCCACUUCAGUGCAGGUCGGUGCUCCGCCGCCCACAAACAACAACAACAACAACAGCAGCAGCAGCAGCAGCAACAGCAGCAACAACAACAGCAGCAGCAACAGCAGCAGCAGCAACAACAGCAACAGCAGCAGCAGCAACAACAACACACCCAACGGUGCGCAGCAGCAGCAGCAACAUCACCAGCAGCAACAUCAUCAGCAGCAGCAGCAGCAGCAUCACCAACAGCAACGGGUUGUUGCCAGCAGCAACCAGCAACAGCAGCAGCUGCAGCAGCAACAGCAGCAGCAGCAGCAACAGCAGCAGCAGCAGCAUGAUAAUGGACCAACGUCCCAUCAUUUGCAUCAAUCAUCUAUCAGCAUCUCUAAUCAGCAGAAUAAAGCAACGCAACAGCAGCAACACCAAAAGCAACAACAGCAACAGGCUGCCAACAUGUCCGCGUAUCAACAACGCCUGCCAUCAAAUGCAGCGCCGCUUCACAGGGGCCUCGAGCAGCUGCCGCAGUAUGCCAAGCAGCUACAGCAGCAGCACCAGUCGCACCACCAGCAGCAGCAGCAGGAGCAGCGCCCCUCCCUGCAUACGCAGAUCCACCUCCACCACCACCAGCAGCAGCAACAGCAGCAGCAGCAGCAGCAGCAGCAGCAACAACAGCAGCAGCAGCAGCAGCAGCAAUCCUCGAGAGCGGCGGCCAGUCCAUUGUCACCACCUCGUCCUGGAAAUCCUGGCAGCGGCAACAGCAGCGGCGGCGGCGGCAGCAACAGCAGCAGUGCCGCAGCGGCAGCAGCAGCAGCGGCAGCGGCCGCGGCGGGCGUCAACGUCAGCGGUUACCCGCCACCGCCCCCGCAGCAUCGUUUUAUCCAGAACACGGGCUACAGCAUUGCCCCGGCGCCCACCUACCGUGAGAACCCCUACUCGCGUCACACCCAAAUUCAGCAGCAGCAGCAGCAGCAGCAGCAACAGGCAGCAGCCUCCAUGCCCGAGUAUCAAAGGGCAGCAGCUCGAGCGGCUGCGGCGGCGUCUUCGGGGGGCAAGAGCAACGUUUCUGGCCAAAGUUCCAACAGCAGCGGUGGCGGCGACAGAGGAGGUGGCAGUGGUGGAUCAGCUCCACCAGGCGGCGUCGUCCAGGUGUCGCAAUCCAGCGGAGUUCUGGUCAUGGAAGCCAUGCCCCACUAUGCCAGCCAACCAAAUAGUAAUCCCUCCCAGCAGCAGCAGCAGCAGCAGCAACAGCAGCAGCAGCAGGGCGGCAAUCCCAGUGCCGCGGGAGCAAUACCCGCCUCAGCCUCCGGCGUUAGCAGCAUAAUGGUCGGGAACCUGGGGCGCAUCCUGAUGCCCCACUCACAGGCUCUCCAGUAUACCAGCGAGUACCUGACCAAUGCCACAGCGGUGGCCGUUGCUGCGGCCAACCAGCGACAGCAAUUGCAGCUGCAACAGCAGCAGCAGCAGCAGCAACAUCCGCCCGAGCCAUUUGGCGGCCAGCAGCCGUACAAGAAGCAGCGGCUCAGCGAGGCCAAUGCCAGCAAUAUGAAUCACCUGCCACCACACCCGCAGCAGCAUCAGCAGCAGCAGCAGCAGCACCAGCACCAGCAGCAGCAACACCAGGCACACCAGCAACACCAGCGAUCCUCGCCAGCCCAAGUGCAACAGCAGCAGCAGCAACAGCAGCAGCAGCAGCAGAUGAACAGCAGUCGGCAGCAGAGUCACAAUGACAUGUGCCGACAAGUGGUCACCACGCCCAUGGGCAUGCAACUCAAGGUGGAGACGCUGCCCCAGCAGCAGCAGAUGCAGCAACAGCAGCAGCAACAUGCCUCACAAUCGCAGAGCAGGUCCCAGCCAGCGGCAAGCAGCAUGUCCUCCGGAGUGAGCCAACCGGCGGGCAGCAUCACCGUUUCCACGGCGGGGUCUGCGGCGAGUCACAGCGGUGGCAGUGGCAAUGUUGUCGGCGGAACGGGCCUGGGGAACACGGGAUCCGCCAGCACAGAGGCCUACCAUCCUCAGGUGGAGGCCAUUUCGCCCACGCUGCCCAGCGACAGUUCGAUCGAGGAGCGCGGUCGGACCAGCGCCAAGGAGGACCUGCUCAUGCAGAUCCAGAAGGUGGACAACGAGAUCAAGUCCGCCGAGACGACCAUGGAGACGCUGCGCAAGAAGGAGAAGACGCUGAUGGAGGAGGCCGCCCUGGCCAAGGAGCAGAAGGCGGCCAAGGAGGUCAGCGACAACAACAACGAUCAGGCCGAGGAGGUGGUCGAGCUGGCCUGGCGCAGCCAGAUGCUGGCCGAGAAGAUCUAUGCGGCCAACCGGAAGACGGCCCAGGCGCAACAUUCCAAGCUGCAGAAUGCAGCGGCCGAUGAAUCCUCCCCGGGAUCCGUGGCCGGACGUCCCUGGCUGCCACUCUACAAUCAGCCCCUCGAUGUGGAGGCCCUCACCGUGCUGAUACGUCAGCAUCAGAGUCAGGUGCGGGCGCCGCUGCUUCUCCACAUCCGCAAACUCAAGGCCGAGCGCUGGGUGUACAACCAGGGAUUGGUGGAGAAAUACCUCAAGGAGCAGGCCGAUUGGCAGCGCCGGUGCGAGCGCAUGGAGGCCAGUGCCAAGCGGAAGGCGCGCGAGGCCAAGAAUCGCGAGUUCUUCGAGAAGGUCUUCACGGAGCUGCGGAAACAGCGCGAGGACAAGGAGCGCUUCAAUCGCGUCGGUUCGCGCAUCAAAUCGGAGGCGGAUCUCGAGGAGAUCAUGGACGGGCUGCAGGAGCAGGCGCUCGAGGACAAGAAGAUGCGUUCGUACGCGGUCAUACCGCCCCUGAUGCACGAUGCCCGCCAGCGGCGUUGCGCCUAUCACAACGAGAACGGACGCAUCGAGGACAUGGUGGCAGUGCAUCAGCAGCGCAAGGCCCUCAACAUGUGGACGGCCGGCGAGAAGGAGACGUUCAAGGAGAAGUAUCUGCAGCAUCCGAAGAACUUUGGCGCCAUUGCCGCCAGUCUGGAUCGCAAAUCGCCUCAGGACUGCGUACGCUACUACUACCUCAGCAAGAAGACCGAGAACUACAAGCAGUUGCUGCGCAAAUCCCGCCAGCGGACGCGCAGCUCCCGCAAUCCUGCCAAGGCACAGGCCGCCCAGCCGCAGUGCAUCAUUGAUUCGAUGACGACGGGCGUAAUGACUCGCCUGCAGCGUGAGCAGCAGCAAAAGUCCGGUGGUCGUUCGUCCGCCGUGGCGGAACGUGAGCGUGCCGAACGCGCUGCGGAGCGAGAGCGUGUGGCGGAGAAGGCGGCAGCGGAUGCGGCCAAGGCGGCCGAAAGUGCCGCCGAGAAGGCAAGUGCGGCCUCCAAGGCUGUUGAAGCCACGGCAGCCGGCGAGAAGGUGGCCAAGGCGGCGGCAGCAGCAGCGGCGGCAGCUUCCUCAUCAGCAACAGGAGCAGGAGCAUCAUCUGCAGCAGCUGGAGCAGGUCCAGCGACAGGAGCAACGGAUAAGACGGAUGCCGGCAAGUCCAGCAGUGCGAAUGCCAGCGAAAAGAAUGCGAUGGCAGCAGCAGCUGGAGCAGCUAGUACGCCGGCCACAGCAGCAACCACAGCAGGAGCUGCUCCACCAGAGAUCUCAGCGGGAGGCGAGGCCAAGAGCAAAGCCGCCGACGAGGAGGCGGCAGCAGCAACAGCCGGCGCAGCCACGGUGGCCACGGCGGGCACACCGGCCACUGGAGCCAGUGCAGCCAGUGCGGGCGAGGCGACCACGGCAACGGGAGCCACGGCCACAGCAGCGGCCAAGGGAGCCGGCAAACCGGAGACGGCCACCGAGCCAGCAGGCACGGCUGCCAAGGGAGCGGACUCUCGUGCGGAAGCCAACGAUCCGCUGUCCAAAACAGGUCCAAAGGCUAUCAAUGCCGAGGGCUAUAACGCCACUGGAGGCAACAGCGCCAGCAGUGCCACUCCAGCGACUGCACCGACACAGGGCGUAACCCUGAAUGGCUUUAAGCCGGGCUACCAGACUGUGGUCAUGGCCAAUGUGAAGGCCGGCAGUGCCGAGGAUUCGGCGACCGGAGGAUCCGCACCCGGAUCUGGAGCAGCGACGAAUGCGGCAGGUGCAGGGCAGGGAGGCGAUAAGAUCGUCAAGCAAACAGCGCCAUCCAGGGCUCCGAAUUCCGCGUCCUCGACGGCGGCGGGUGAGAGUGGAGCUGGAGGAGUGCCCACUUUUGCCCACACCGCCACCACGGCGGGCAACUAUCUGGGCCAGAAGCUGAAGGCGGCCCAGGUCGAGGGAAUGGGAGCUGGCAAUGAGCUGCACUCGGAUGCUAGUGAAUCCAAGAGGAAGCGCUUCGAGCUGAAUUCUGGUGAGGCGACAGGAAACGCAACAUCUGCGAAUGCCAACAGCAACACCAGCGGCAACAACAUGAACAUGAGCAACAGCCACGGACAUGGACACGGACACGGCCUGAAGGCCAAUGCGAAGGAUGGCUCGAUGGCCAAGACAUCAUCGCAGCUGCCGUCGGCGUCAUCGGCAUCGGUUGUCACAUCGGCAUCGCCGUCGGCCUCCUCGUCCGGCUCCAUGUUGCUGAUCAGUGCCGCCUCCAUCAUGUCCACCGCCUCGGGAGCUACAUCCUCGAGCACGGCGACCACCACGGCCACGGCGCCAUCGAUCUCCAUGCCCCAACUGGCGGAUGGGGGCGCCAAUGCGAUGGUCAACGCCUCCGAGGUGCUCGCCCUCGAUGGCAAAGACAAACUGGCCAGCUGCUUCGUGUGCAAGGCGGAGGCGUGUUCGCGCACCCGGCCGCUGAAGAAGGGCCGUGGCCAGCAGUACGGCAUUCCCGACGAGACGAUUCCGGCCGGAGCGCGCGUCUGCAACAGCUGCCAAUGCAAGUCGGUGCGCAGCCGCUAUCCCAACUGCCCGCUGCCCACGUGCCCCAAUCCCAAGGAUCGGGCCCAGCGCCUGCGGAACAUUCCCUCCCGCCUCUUCGAGCUGGCGCCCGACAUCCGCGACCCGGUGAUGGCCGAGUUCCAGAUACCGCCGCACGCCACCCGCUGCUGCUCGGCCUGCCUGAUGCGCAUCCGCCGCAAGCUGGAUCCGCAGCUGAAUCUCACGGACGGCCCCGGUGGCGGCGCCGGCAGCGGCAGUGGUGGCGACGAGACAGACGUGAGCACCUCGUCGUGCGACGAACGGGAGCCCGGUGGCUCGGACACGGCAUCGGUGGAGAGUCCAGAGAAUCUGCAGCGCCACAAAUCCCUCACGCUGGUCAAACAGCAGCAGCAACAGCAACAGCAGCAGCAGCAACAACAGCAGCAGCAGCAACAUCAGCAACUAACGCAGCCCCAGCCGCCGCCAGCUCCGCAACAGAAGGCAUCCUCGACUCCACGAGGAGGCGGAGACAACAGCACCCCGCUGAUCAUCACACCCACGCGGAUGAGCGGCAAGGCGGGAUCGGCGGGCGUGGCUGCUGCCGCGGGUGACAACGAUCGCCUGCUGCCCCCUGCCGCCGGCCAGGCGCCCAAGAAGCAGAAGACCAGCGAGGAGUACGACUCCUCGGCCACGGAAACGGCGGACGAGGAGAACGAGAAUUCGCCCGCGAAUCGCCAGAGUCCCAAGGUCCUGUUCCACGGCCAUGGCCACGUGGGACAUGCCAACAAUGUGGCGGGCUUCCAGCCGCCGGUGGGCAAUAUGGUGGCCGGUGGACUGCCACCAGGCGUAGCAGGAGCAGCACCUGGCCAGCAGGUCAAUGGACCCACGGCCAUGCGACGCGAGGCGGUGAACAAUGUGCAGGAUUGCGUCUUCUCGGUGAUUGAGCGUUCGCUGAAGCACAAGGGACCGCAGCCGAAGGGAGGACAAGGUGGACAGCAGCAGCAGCAGGGUCAAGGGCAGCAGCAGGGUCAGGGACAGGCUCAGGCUCCGGGCCAGAGCCAAUCCCCAUCCCAACAGCAGCAACAGCAGCAACAGCAGCAGCAGCAACAGCAACAGCAGCAAUCUGCCAAUAAUCUGGAGCGCAAGGAGCUGACCAUUGUGCGGGAAUAUCGCCAGGAUCCGGGCAUCCUGAAGCAGCAGUCUGGCGGAGCACCGCCGCCCACCUCGGGAGCCAGCGGCCUGCCGCACGGCACCUCCGUGCAGAAGCUGCCAUCCCGGCCAGCUGCAGUGCCGCCACCGCCAGCGGCUCAUCCACUGCCGCCGACGAGCAGCAGCAGCAACAAUGGAACCAGCGACAGUCUGGCCACCCUGUCGGUGGUCAACUCUCACCUGGGCGUGGUGGGUCAGCUCGGUCAUCCGGGGCUCAUGGCCCAUGCCGCAGGCGCCGCUGGUGUGGGUGGCGUGGACAAGGCCACCAUAACGCCGGUGGUGAAGGGCUCCAGUGGUGGCUUAUCGAAGAGCAGUGGCGGCGCGUCUGCCCACUCCACGCCCACGCCGCCGGAGACCAUCAUCUACAAUGUUCCAGCGGCGCAUCCGCAGCGGGGCAUUCCACCGCCGCCGCAGCAUUCGGUGCAUCCGGCCCAUCCGUCGCUUGCCCAGCAUCCGGCGCAUCCGCAGCAUCCGUCGCUGGGCCAGCAUCCGCAGCACUCGCAGCUGCAGGUGCCGGAACCGGAGCCACAGACCCUCGAUCUGAGCAUCAAGAAGCCGCCGCGCGACGGCCACUCACCGCACACGGGGGCAGGAGGCUCGGCGGGCGGCUCCGGAGCCGGAGGAUCCUCCUCUUCGGCGGAUCGCCAUCACGGGCCACCGCCGCCGACCAUGUCGAUGAAGCAUAUUGUCCGCUCCACGGGCCUGUAUCGCGGCGAUACCGUCAAUGUACCCUCGUUGGCGGCGCCCAAUUCGUAUCUGUAUCCCACACCGCCGCACGGCGUGCUGAAGGCCCCCGGCGGCGUGGGCGUGGUGCCCGGCGUCAUGCCCGGCGUGCCCGGCAGCGCUCUGUACUUGCAGCCAGUCCCAGUGCCCGUGCCCAUUUCGAUCUCCGGCCAGGGUCAAUUGCCGCCCAGAGCUGGACAACCACCGCCGGCACAGCCGCCCUCCGGCCGAGGAGUGGCCAAGGCGCCGCCCAAGCUGAGUCCCCAUCACCUGCAUCCCAGCCACGGACACUCGCCAUCGCAGCAGCAGCAACAACAGCAACAGCAGCAGCAGCAACAACAGCAGCAACAGCAGCAGCAACAACAGCAGCAACAGGCGGCUGCACAGCAGCAACUGCUGGUGAAGAGCGGCUCCAUCACCCAUGGCACGCCGGCCAACGCGGCCCAGCAGCAAAUACAGAUCGUACAUGCCGCCGCGGCAGCAGCAGCGACAGCAGCAGCAGCCGCCUCGCUGCUGAGUCCCAAGUUCGAUGGCCUGGUCAGGCAGACGACGCCCGAGGGCGUGGGUGCCGGCGGACCCGGUGGCCCCGGUGGCAGCGGCAAACACGGCUCGAUAACGCAGGGCACACCGCUGCACCUGCCGCCGCACCAUUUGGAGAGCAAGCGGGCCUACGAGAGCUACUACAAGAGUUCGCAGCGGCACAGUCCCGCCCAGCAGCCGGGUGGCAAUCAGCAAUUGCCGCCGCCGCCGCAGCAGUCGUCGCCGCAGGCGCCACCGCCGCAGGGCUAUGGCGUGGGGGUGAGCUCACCGUACGCCCGGUCGCCGUUCAGCGGCGUGGUGGAGCAGGCGCCGGUGCUGAGCACGCGGCAGAUCGUGAUGCACGACUACAUCACCUCGCAGCAGAUGCAGGGCCAGCAGCAGCAGCAACAGCAGCAGCAGCGCAACAUGUCGCGCGGCAGCAGUGCCAGCGGCGGGGGCGGAGGCGGUGGCUCCGACAAGGAGUCGCCCUCGCCGCGCAACAGCGUGGGCAGUGCCGGGGGAUUCGCCUACGGCGGCGACAAGGAGUCGGCGCCCAGGGGCCGGCCGGAGUACUCCAGCCGCGCGUCGCCGGCGGAUCAUGCCAACAGCACUCCAAGUCCGCAUCGCACGCCGCCGCCGCAGCGCCAGGGGGUAAUCCAGCGGCACAACACGGGCUCCAAGCCCCCAUCUCCAGCAGCUCCGCCGCCGAGAAGCAUGCACAUUGUGUCCCCCUACCAAUAUGCUCCUAGUGGCCACGACGCCCUAGCCUCCUUCGUGGACGUGGCCGUGCAGCAGCCCCAGUUGCCAGUGCCCUCGCAAAAGGAUGACAAGUCACCGGGAGCUGCUCCUCCUCCAGGACAAAUACCCGGACCUGGACCCGGACCCGCACCGCUGCCUCCCCAUGCUGUGGUCGGCGUGGCCCAGCCACCGCCGCCGAGCGCCCACCACGAGCAGCGGUACCGCGACCUGGCCCUGCAGCACCACCACCACACCCUGGUGCAGCAGCAGAUCGCCCAGCAGCAGCACUACCGCAGCCUCAAUGUCGCCGCCCAGGUGGACAUGCAGCGGCACAUGGACAAUGCCAAGCGCGUGAUGCGCCACCAGCAGCACCAGCAGCAGCAGCAGCACAACCACGCCCUCGAGCGGGACAGGGAGAUCAUGCAGAACCAGGAGCGGAUGCGGGAACGCGACCGCGAGCAGCGGGAGAGGGAGCGGGAGCGGGAGCAGCGCGAGCGCGAGCGGGAACGAGAGCGGGAGCGAGAGCAGCGCGAGCGUGAGCGGGAGCGGGAAAGGGAGCGGGAGCGGGAGCGCGAGCGACGGGAGCAAGACCGGGAGCGGCGGGUGGUGGCCGAGGAGCGGGACAGUCGGCGCUUGGAGCGCAUGUUCGCCGCCGGUGUGGUCAGUGCGCCAGGCGGCGCCGGCGGCGGAGGACCGUCGCCCGGCCAGUUCAUGCGCACCUCGGUCCCGGAGACGGGUCCACCACGCUCCAUCCCGGAUCGCGAACGAGAAUCGUACUACCGCCAGGCCCACGUCGGCCCGGCGCCCGAGGACACGCCCGGACAGCUGAGCGCCCAGAGUCUCAUAGACGCCAUCAUCAAGCACGAGAUCAACCGCACCAACGACGCCACCACAGGUCCGGGACGCGAGUUCCCACGGCCCACCUUCGUGCACGCUCCGCUGCCGCCACGCGGCUCGGGAUCAGGCGGCGGGGCCGGCACCCGAUCCUCGCCAGCCAACGUCCUGCACCCCAUGUACGUGCGCGAGCACCGCCAGCCGCACGAGGGCGGCGCCGUCUCCCUGCUGACGGCGGAGAACAACGGCAAGCCCAGCUCGUCGGGAUCGCCCAGUGUGAUCAACAUUGACUUGGAUCAGGAGCGCAUCUCGGCCGCAGCCGCAGCAGUGGCCCAACAACAGCAGCAACAGCAACAGCAGCAGCAGCAAUCCCAGCCGCCGCCAUCGCAAUCGUCGCAAUCGAGAUCCGUGCAUGGCCAGCUGAGAACUCCGACCUCCCAGGCGGGCGGCUCGGCGCCGAGUCCCCAGCAGAUCCACACCAAGAGCAUUACCUUCGGCGAGCUGACCGAUUCGAUCAUAACCAACGACUAUGUGACCAAUCCGCAUCUGCGCCCAACACCGCCCUUUAUGGCCUAUCUGCAGGAGGCGCAGUCCAUCCUGCCGCCGGAUCGCUGGAAGCAGAAUCGCCGCAUGCAGCAGAAGGCGGAGGAGGCCAAGCAUCUUUCGCAGCAGCAGCAUGCCCAGCAGCAACAGCAGCAGCAGCAACAUCAUGCCCAGCAGCAGCAGCAGCAGCAACACCAUGCCCAGCAGCAGCAUCAUCCGCCGCCAGCGCCCGGCGGUGGCGGUCAGGGCGGACCACCCGGUGGCCCCGGCAGUGGAGGAAGUGGUGCCGGCAGGGCCAACACGCCCGGCGAGGAUGGGCGCAAUAUUAUCCGCAUGCCGCAGGCUGUCAGUCCGCGCAAGUAUAGCCACGAUCUGAUGCUGCACCAUGUGAUGGGAGCUGCUGCGCCGGGUGGCGAGCCGGGUCAGUUCUUCAUACCCAGCCGCGUGGUGCUGCCCGAGCAGCGGGGCGCGCCCAGCUCUGGCAGUGGACCGCCGGGCGGCGGAGGACCCGGAUCGGGCGGCGGAGCCACCACCAUUGACAACUAUGUGAAGAAUCGCAUCGCCGAGGUGAUGCGCGAUGAUAUAAGCUAUGGAAAGAACCGCAGUGUGGAGGUGCGAUCGGAGGACGAGGUGACCGCCGACAUGGUGGCCCACUCGCAUGCCGUCCACGCGGCGCACGCGGCCCAUGCGGCCCACGCCGCUGCCAUCGAGCUGCAGCUGCGCGGCAAGGAGCCGCCGCCGCCGGAGAUCAGUGUGUCGCGCAAGACGCCCAACCAGUACGAGGUGGUGGAUGCCAGCGGACGGCGCUCGGCGGGCUCCGUUUCGGUCACAGUGUCGGGAGCGAAUAGCCACCACUCGCCGUAUCAUCCGCCGGCGGGUGCGUAUGCCCCCAGCACCUAUGCCUUCCCGUACAGCGCGCUGACUGUGCCCAGUGCCGCCGGAGGAUUGCCACCACCGCAGCCGCUGCAGCUGGCCCACCAGGCAGUGCCGCCACCCGGCCAUCUGAGUGCCAAGGCCAAGGCGGCGCAUGCGCUGAGCGAACUGGGAUCAGUGGGCGGCGGCGUGUCCCUGGUGGUGGGCGGUGGAUCCGGCGGAAUGCCAGGCGGACCAGGCGGUGUUUCGGUGGGAGGCGGUGGAGGCGGUGGCCCCGGUGGCCCCGGUGGCGGAGGCGGCGGAGGACCAGGAGGCGGUGGCCCCGGUGGCGGCGGCGGCGGUGGAGUCGUGGCCCAGUCCAUCCAGCAUCCAUCGUCGGCGGCAGCUGCCGUGGCCGCGGCAGCAGCGGCGGCGGCGGCGGCCGGCGAGUCGAAGCCACUGCUGUUGUCCAAGUACGAUGCCCUCAGCGACGAAGAUUAGUUGUGACUGCCGGCGUCGUCCUCGGCGUCGGCGUCGCACCUGCGGCCAGCAGCAAUAGCCGUAGCAGCAGCAGCACUGCCGCCCGGCAGCAGCACGAGCGUGGUCUACGGCUAUCCUGGCUACCGGCGACACUCCCAGCAUCAGCAACAGCAACAACAGCAGCAGCAGCAGCAGCAGCCACCACCACCACAACACUCACAUCCACAUACGCAUCUUGUCCAGCAGCAGCAGUCGCCGCAUCGCCAGCAGCAGCAACAGCAGCAGCAACAGCAGCAGCAGCAGCAGCUCUACCAAACCUCUGUGUUGCCGCCACCGCUGCAGUCCCAGCAGCAACAACUGCAGCAGCAACAGCAGCAGCAACUCCACCAGCAGCAGCAGCAGCAGAGGAGCCUCUACUAUGCCAGCGAGCAUUAUCCAGGAGGCAAUGGCAGCAGUGCGGCCGGCGGCAACCCGGGCUACUACUGACAGCAACACUAAGUGAGCAACAUUCGCAACUGCAGCAACAUCUGCAGCAUCAGCAACAUCAGCAACUCAUGCAGCUACUGCAGCCCUUGCAGCUUUAGCAACUAGCAACCAUUGCUGUUGGACAAGCAGCCCAGGCUGGGCCAGCGAAAUAUGUAUAAAACAGAAAAAGAAAAAGGCUUUAACUAUGGAGAAAAGAAAAACAAAAGCUUACAAUGAUGAGGAAACAGCAGCAGCAGCAGGAGAUCGAAAGAGAGGCAGAUAGAGAUGCUGAGGGGCGACAGAGUGGGACGGCACACGUAGACUUGACAAUAUCUAGUUGCAGUUUUGUCCAACCACAGAUUAUUCAGACACUUUCAAGGCCUACAACUAGGCAAGCAGAAUAUAGCACACACAUAUUUGCAAAUUGUACAAAAAAGAUUUGAUUUUUGAUUUUAGCCCUUAGCUUUAAACUCUUGUAUUAAAAUUAAUUUGUUUCUAUGAUGGAAUUGUACAUAAUGAAGCCGAAGCAGCUGUCACCGCUCGUAUCUCGUCCCAUGUAUCUUGUAUCUCGUAUCUCGUAUCCAUUGGUGUGUCCUUGUGCUUUCGUGGCAGCCGCGACAACGUUUCCUACUCCUCACACAGCCGUAACCUCAGCACCGCGAGUCAGAACGUAAUGAAAUUGGUAGUGACAACAACAUAGUUCUAUAUGUAUACAUAAAAACAAACUAGAAAUCACACCACACACACACUUAUAUAUACGAUACACACACAGACACAGACACACACCUAUGAUUGUAAGGAGUAAACAAAAUAAUAAUAAAAACACACUGUUGGGCUGUUCUUAGAAAAAAAAAAGAAAAACAAAAACCUAAAGGAAGGAAAACAAGUAAAUCGUGAAACAAGUAAAUAUAUAUAAAUACUACCUAUAGAACACUUUAAACAUUAUUUAAACGACCUUUUGUAAAUUUCAUAAAAGAAAACUGCGCAUCCUUUAAUCAAUCUUAUCGAUAAAUUUACCACUACUAUUAUUCGUUUAUUAUAUACCUAUGUUUUUUUUGCUAUUUUUAUAUGCAAGAUCUAAUUUAUGGAGCAUGAUUGUGUUUUACCCUCUUCUUAAGCCAGCGCUAUUGAAUUAUGUACGUUUAAUUGAUAAGCUAAUGAAAGUUUCGAUGUAAGUAAUAAAAGUAAGCCCAUUACGUAUAAAUAUACAUAGUAUGGGAUAUACAAUACGCAUAUUUUUUUAUAUAACACUUAUGUCUUACGAAACAGUUUUAGUGUUUAGCUACUUUAAUGUUUAAUUCGUUUUUUAACUAUUUUUUUUUAUAUAUAUGCAAACGCGAAACAAACGUGAAACCAAUGGAGAAACGUGAAAACAAAAAAAUUAAAUAUUUUUAAUACAUAAUGAAACUAAAAACGAAACAAAAUCUAUAUAGUAAAUAUAUAUAUAUAUAUAUGAAGUAAACACAACAAACGCUAAGACUUAUUCAAACAAAACAAAACAGAAAGGAAAAAAUUGUAAAAUAUUAAAAUAUAUAGAUAUAUAUAUAUAAAUGUAAAAGCUAACGAUGCAGAUAUUCGCAACCGAAAAACCGAUUCGAGGCGGAAACGGAAAUGGAAAGCCCGAAACGCAACUCUGGCCGAGCAGCGCGCAGCAACGUUUUAGUUAAGAGCAGGAAGCGUAUUUUUUUUUAUAAAUAUAUAUAUAUAUAUAUGAAAAAAUUAAAUUAAAUAAAAACAAAUUCUAUAUAUAUACAGAAAAUUUUACAAAAUAUAUAGAUAUAUAUAUAUAUAUACAUAUAUAUGAUAAUAAAUGUAUGUAAAACGGCAGCAUAAUAACUAAUGGAUAAAACAGCGCCAGGGGCUUCGAGCGGAGGGAUGUCGGGGGAGGCGGGGGGCGGGGGGCGAUCGCGGACGGCGGACUGGACGGACGGACACAACGCCUACACAACGAAACGGCCGGCAUCGCCCCCGAACCCGAUUCCCGAUCCUCGAUCCUCGAUCCCCGAUAGAGAGCACUUUCUACACACAUAUAAAUAUAUAAAUGAAUACUUGUAUGAAUAACCGAAUUUUAUAGCUGGGCGCAUUACAAAAAACACCAGCUGAAUGUGAAUGUAAAACGAAAAACAAAGCAAAAGUGUAUGCACAAGUCGGCGGCGUGCCCUGAAAAAAUGAUUUAUGCAAAAUCGUAAACAAGAAACCAAUUCAAAUUCGCUAAAAGGACCUUCUUAUUGUUUCGGCUUAAACGCCCGCCCUCCCCUAAUUUUCUGUUGUAUCAAUUUCAAAUCGAUAUAGUUGUAUGGCAAACAAGAAAAAAGUAACAAAAUCACAAGUAAAGGCGGUUUUUGAGUGCAUAAUGAUAACAAUAAACACAAAUUAUGAAUGCAUAAAAAAUGAGGGUUAAAAAAGCGGGAGGAGAGGAGUGAAGAGUAAACAACAAUAUUAUGUGGAGUAUAUGCAUAUAAUGUGCGCCGAGUCGCAGAGCUAGAGCUGAUUACGAUCGAUACAUGAUAAAGAUGUUUAGCACUUAAGUUUUAGUUGUAACUUUAUGCCUUAAGUUGUAAGCUUAAAAUAAUAAUAUAAAAUUAAAUACAACAUAUUAAAAAGCAAACAAAACAAAAUAAAAACAAAUACAAAAAAAUAAAACAAAAGAAAUGUAUAACAAAA